AUGAAGAAUAUUGUCCUUGAGACGUACAACGGGAAGGCUGAUCCCAAGGAACACCUUCUAUACUUUAACACGAAGAUGGUGAUCAGUGCCGCUUCCGAUGUUGUAAAAUGCAGGAUGAUUCCGGCUACGUUUAAAGGCACUGCCAUGGCAUGGUUCACAACACUGCCCCGAGGAUCAAUCACGAAUUUCCGUGACUUCUCAUCUAAGUUCCUAGUCCAGUUCUCGGCAAGCAAGACCAAACAAGUGACGAUCGAGGAUUUAUACAAUGUGCGCCAGUCCGAGGGCGAGACUCUGAAGCAGUAUGUGAAACGGUUUAGCGCCGCGUUGGUAAAAAUUGAGGAGUCAGAGCCAAAUGCCUGUGCCCGUACCUUCAAGAACGGUUUGCAACCUGGGAAGCUAAAUAACAAGUUGAGUCGUAAGCCGGCCUGA